UGUCCUUUUUAUUCCUGACUAGAAAUUCAUCAAAGCAUUCAUAUGCUCUGGUUGAUGGAUGUUUGGCUCCUUUCCAAUGGUUGGCUGUUACAAAGUUCUUAUGAAUCUGGUCACAGGUAUUUCUGUAGUGGAGGAUGAAAAAUAUUGAGGAAAGAAAUAUUUAUUUUUGCUUACAGUUAUAGGUUGCAGUCCAUCAUGGAGACAUCACAGAUGUAGGACCAUGCAACAGCUUGUUAUACUGCCUUGGUAAACAGGAAACAGAGGGACAUAAGAGCUAGACUCAGCUUACUUUCUCCUUUUCAUUCGGUCUGUGGAAAGGUACCAGCGACAAACAUUUAAGGAGAUGGAACCUAACAUCGAAGAUGACGUUCUCUGAAGAAGCUGCAGUACUCUUCAAAGGCAAGUUUUCAAAAAUUAAUUUAUACUUGGCCAAUUUCACACAUUCUGGUCAUACUCAUCCCUUCAUCUCUUAUCCUCCUUUCACUACUGCCUUCUUCUAUCUUCUCUAACCAAGUCUCCAUUCCAUUCUUUUUUAGGGAAGGAAGAGGACAGAGCAUUCCCGUUCUCCUCUACUCAAAACAUGAAUUUCUUACUCCACCAAAUUUCUUUUCUCCCAAAGCCAAAAACAAAAGUCAUGCUUUUGUUCUUCUUGCCACCAUCAAGAGGAAAACUGGGGAAGUUCUUCUGUAGUUACAAUAUUGAAAAGAAAGGGAAUUGGAAACCUAAAGUGAGAAUGAACAAUUUGGCAGGCCAGCAGAGCAGCCAGACAAAAUGAUAUGGAGCAAAGCAGUUUGGUCUAAGGAAGCUUCCAAGAUGUCCCAUCAACACACAGUGCCAGUGACUGUUCCAGCUGUGGUUCAGGAAUCUCUCAAGACUGUAUGUUCUCCAGCUCAAACUCAGCAGGAACAAACAAAGCAACCAACUCCAUAUCCUGCACAAUGCCAGGUCUUCACUGACACUCAAGAGAAGGGCUUUCCCAAACAUGAGGAGAAGGAGGCAAACCCCGUGAAAGAUCUGCCUGAGCAAGAGAGUGAGCACCACCAGCAGCCAGGACCACAGAAGCAGCAGCUGCAGGUGAAAAAGCCAGAGCAGGAGCUGCAGGAACAGGAACUGCAUUCGGAGAAGCAGCAGACACCACAGGAGCCACAGGGGCUCCUGUGCCUGGGACAGCAACAGCAGCGAGAGCCACAAGAGCAAGAACAGCACCUUAGACAGCACCAGCAGCCACAGCAAGAGUCACAGGGGCAGGGGCUGUGCUUGGGGCAGCAGCAAGAUGUGCUGGCACCACAGGAGCUGCAUAUGGGACAGCACCAGAAGGAGAAGCUGCAGGAGCCAGAACUGCCUCUGGGUCAGCAGCAGAAAACUCCAGAGGAACAGGAACUGAUUCUAGGAGAAAAGCAGCAGAAGCUGCACCUGGUAGAGAGGCACCAAGAGCCACAGGAGCAGGAGCUGCACCUCGGACAGAAACAGAAGCAACAGCAACCACAAGAACAGGAGUUGCAGUUGGUACAGCACCAGAAGCAGAAGCAGCAUGAACCAGAAUUGUGCCUGAGGAAGCAGCAGCAGCAGGAGUCACAUGAGCGAGAACUGCACCUGGGAAAGCAGCAGCAUCAGGAGUCACAUGAGCCAGAACUGCACCUGGGAAAGCAGCAGCAUCAGGAGUCACAUGAGCCAGAACUGCACCUGGGAAAGCAGCAGCAUCAGGAGUCAUGUGAGCCAGAACUGCACCUAGGGGAACAGCAGCAUCAGGAGCAGCAGCAGCAUCAGGAGUCAUGUGAGCCAGAACUGCACCUAGGGAAACAGCAGCAUCAAGAGACUCAGGAGUCAGAACUGCAACUGGGAAAGCAGCAGAAACCACAUGAGCCAGAUAUGGUACUGGAUCCGAAAGAGAAGCACAAACUUCAUGACCCAGAACUGCACCUGGGAAAGCAGCAGCAUCAGGAGUCACAUGAGCGAGAACUGCACCUGGGAAAGCAGCAGCAUCAGGAGUCACAUGAGCCAGAACUGCACCUGGGAAAGCAGCAGCAUCAGGAGUCAUGUGAGCCAGAACUGCACCUAGGGGAACAGCAGCAUCAGGAGCAGCAGCAGCAUCAGGAGUCAUGUGAGCCAGAACUGCACCUAGGGAAACAGCAGCAUCAAGAGACUCAGGAGUCAGAACUGCAACUGGGAAAGCAGCAGAAACCACAUGAGCCAGAUAUGGUACUGGAUCCGAAAGAGAAGCAGAAACUUCAUGACCCAGAACUGCACCUGGGAAAGCAGCAGCACCAGGAGUCUCAGGAGUCAGAACUGCAAGUGGAAAAGAAACAGCAUGAGAAGUCCCCAGAGCCAGAACUGCACCUGGGAAAGCAGCAGGAGUUACAUGAGCCUGAUAUGACAGAGGAUCAGAAAGAGAAGCAGAGUCUUCAUGAACCAGAACUGCACCUGGGAAAGCAGCAGGAGUCACAUGAGCCUGAUAUGACAGAGGAUCAGAAAGAGAAGCAGAGUCUUUAUGAAUCAGAACUGCACCUGGGAAAGCAGCAGGAACAACAGAUAGAGUAUGAAGGCUACCAAAGAUCAAAAAGUCUGAAUCAGUUACUUAAGCAAGAGAAAGCUUCCAGGGGACAGGAGCUGGAUGACUCACAUCUAGAACAGGAGAAGGAGCUCUUGGACCAGCGAUUGGAUCAAGAACUAGUAAAUAAGGAUGAGCAACUGGAAAGAAAGAAGCACAAAUUGGAGAACCUGACACAGAAGGAGAAGCAGAUAAAGCAAUUAGUACCAAGCACUGACAGAGUCCAAGAGACUCAGCCAAUCCAACCAGUGAAAGAAGACUCUCUCACUACAAAGAAGCAGCAGCACAGCCAUGAAGUGCAGUGAAGUAAAACUAAAGUAACCACCCCAGUGUCCCAGAGACUCUCCAACCAUCCCACAUAUGGGAAGAGAAUCACCCACACUUCCUUAAGGACCCUGGCUGGCCUACUCAUCCAUGAAUCUGUCUGACCCUGAAUAUCUUCUUAUCUGUGACAGGCUGGGCACAGGAUCCAGGCCCAGGAUACAGGAUUAUGGCCCAGUAUCCACUCCAAGAAGCUCAAUCCCAACCUUAGGUAUCAGAGCCUCUUCCUGAGGUAGGGGCUGGGGGAAAGGGGGAGGCCUGUCAUUAGUUAGCAACUCUGAUGUCAUUCCUAGUGUUGCCACAGAAUCUGUGAAUAAGCACAAUGUCUAAUAAAUCAUAAAAGUCCUGUGA